AUGCUGACAAUCAAGAAGGUUCCUACAGUGGUUUCAAAUUAUCAGGAGGAGAGUUCUGAAAACCGUUUUGAAGGGUGUGGCAAGAAUUGCCUUGGGAAGUGCUGCUUACCUGUGGCUCUGCUGCCUAUAUAUGCAUUUAAGAAAGACGGAUCGAAUUUGAAUGGAAAUAGUGUUGUGAAAUCAUCCGAAGAACAGCCUCAAAUAUGUUUCCUGCACAACCUGUUGCUGGGUCAAUGGGAGGACCGAAUGAGCUGUGGCCUUUUUCGCUAUGAUGUAACUGCUUGUGAUACAAAAAUCAUUCCUGGCAGAUAUGGUUUUAUUGCGCAACUGAACGAGGGGCGCCAUCUCAAGAAGAGACCCACUGAGUUCAGGGUUGACAUGGUGCUUCAAGAUUUUGAUGAGACCAAGUUCAACUUCACCAAAGUCGGACAAGAAGAAGUUCUUUUCAGAUUUGAACAGAGCAAUGACCAGAAGAGCCAUUUCUUCCCUAGUGCACCACCUAUAACAGCCGAUUCCAAAACUUCAAGCGUUGUAGCAAUUAAUGUGAGCCCAAUUGAGUAUGGACAUGUUCUCUUGAUACCCCAAGUUCUCAAUUGCUUGCCUCAGAGGAUUGAUCAUGAGAGCUUCCUACUUGCUCUUCAUUUGGCUAAAGAAGCAGCAGAUCCUUUCUUUAGAGUGGGUUACAACAGUUUGGGUGCUUUUGCCACUAUUAAUCACCUACACUUCCAAGCUUAUUACUUAGCAGCACCCUUCCCAGUUGAGAAAGCUCCAAGUAAAAGAAUAAUGACAAUGAAGGGUCUGCGAGAUAAAGGAGUAACUGUUUCGCAGCUCUUGAAUUAUCCCGUGCGAGGUCUUGUCUUUGAGGGUGGAAAUACAAUGCAAGAUCUAUCUGAUUCAGUAGCUAGUUCUUGCAUUUUCCUUCAGAACAACAAUAUCCCUUUCAAUGUGCUCAUUGCUGAUUGUGGAAGAAGAAUUUUUCUGUUUCCCCAGUGUUAUGCUGAGAAACAAGCGCUUGGAGAAGUAAGCCAGGAGCUGCUGGACGCCCAAGUAAAUCCAGCUGUUUGGGAGAUUAGCGGACAUAUAGUGCUGAAAAGAAGGCAGGAUUUUGAGGAUGCCUCAGAAACAUAUGCAUGGAGACUUCUUGCUGAGGUUUCUCUGUCAAAAAAGAGAUUCCAAGAAGUGAAGGCUGAUAUAUUGGAAGCAGCAGGCUUUGAGGAGGCAGAUAUAGAGGAAAAUAACAGAAACCAUGAGGGAGAAUCCAUCUAUGAGCAACCUUCCCCUAAAGCUGUUGCACACUUACCUCAAGAUUGUCUUGUCAUUCAUUGA